AUGCGGGAUUCGAAACUUAUUUAUUAUAGGUCGGGAUGUCAUUCUGCAAAUUUUACGACUUGGCUUAUUAUGGAUGUUAUUGUUCAGGAUGUUAACCCUGCAAUAUCUGAUCUACCCUGUUACUGGAAUAGAGAGACCUCUAAGAGUGUUGGUCUCCAGUCUACCAGGAAACUAUCUUGUCUCUGGAACGGAGUAGAUGUUUAUCUUCCGUUCAACUUCAUCAAGAACUAUUUUGAAAUAUUUGGCGCUUUCUCUUUAAACCAUGGAGUUAAGGAGUUCGAUGUUUCACAUUCGAACUCUCGAGUUCUUACUCCCAGCUCCCGAUACAACCCCAGGGAGGAGUUUAUGCACUUUGCCUCCUUCGAUGUCGAAGGACGGUCCCGUGUUCUCUGUGUAUCUGCUGGUGAGGGGGUUCCUCUCUCCACCCAGUGGAAUCCCCAGGGAUAUUUUUAUCCUACUCAGAUAGCACAGUUUGCUCUAGCUCACUACUCCGUUCAUUCUCAAGCUCAGCACAGAGAAAAUAUUAAAAGGUACACUAUACAGCUGGAGCAAGAAGACACUGCGGCUAGAGUUAGAGACGAGGAUACUAACUCCCUUGUUAUACAGUUUAAGAAUACUUUAGAGUUUGCGCUGAGUUCCCCCCACCUGGUGUUGAGUUUAGAUCUGAAGAUAAACUCUGAUAUUAAAACUUGGUUCAAGGUUCAACUACUAGCUGAGGAGGAGGGGGAGUUGUUUACACUUUUAUACACACAAUCAGGCAUCUAUAUACAGAGUGAUGGUUCAGAGUUCCAGUUUGGGUUCGGGAACAAGGCCUCUGGUCGUUGGUUGAGAUUGACCAGGGACCUGUUUACCGACCUCAAGAAGGGGCUCACACACUCCAACGACAAGAAGAAGGCUAAGAAGCUGAAGAGAACCAAGUUGAAGGUGAUCUCCCUCAAGUUCUACGGAUCUGGGAAUGUUGCAAAUAUAUCUCUAAGUGAUGGAGAGGAUUUAAGGAUGUUCCUGGACGGAGCGAACUGGUUCCUGGAGAACCAGGAUGAGAACGGAGGUUGGCCGAGUAAUGUUAUUUUUAACCAAGGACAGAAGAAGUAUCCUAAAGCAGCAGAAAUUCAACCAGGUUGGUACGGAGCAAUGUGUCAGGGUCAAGCUAUUUCUGUUCUCAGUCGGGCAUAUCAUGUGACCAGAGACCAGAAAUACCUGACUGCAGCGGAGGCUGCCCUGGGGCCCUUCCAGAAACCCGUGGCGGAGGGCGGAGUAAAGACAGUGUUCCUUGACAGAUAUGACUGGUAUGAGGAGUAUCCGACCAAUCCUUCCACCUUUAUCCUGAACGGGUUCAUGUACUCCCUCAUUGGUCUCUACGAUCUCCAGAAUAUCAGUCCUGAUAAUGUUAUUGUUCAACUACUUUUUAAAAGAGGAAUGAGAUCUUUGUUGGCCCUGUUACCAUUUUAUGAUGCUGGUUCUGCAACAUUCUACGAUCUCAGACAUUUCACCAUGCAAACUGCACCCAAGAUUGCUAGAUGGGAUUAUCAUACUACUCAUAUAAACCAACUACUACUACUGGCAACUAUACAAAAUAGUACGGUCCUUUCAGAAACUGCGGAAAGAUGGCGAGGAUAUAUGGUUGGAAAACGAGCUCCACACAACUAGCCAACUAUCAACAUUCCUAAGAUGCAUUGUCUGUUAGUAUUUUUAUCUUGAAGAAGACUCCUAAUGUUUGGUAUUUACUGUCACCCAAAAACAACUCCCAAUGUUCCUCGCUGUCUGUGUAAGAACUCCUCUAAUACUCCGCCUCCUUUAGGCUGACUCCCCGAUGUCUUAGUAAACGCCUGAAAGACUGCUUCUUAUGUUGAUUAUUAUUAGUUUUCUACUGAAUAUGUAUGAAAGACAAUUCCAAUUUUGUAAAUGUUAAUCAGAGUAUAAUCUAGUUCCUUCUUUAAUCCUAAGGAUUAAACCGCAUUUAAGUAUUUUUCUUCGUUCCUCUUUGUCUUCCACUGUAUUCAUUCUUCUAAGGUGAAUAAUACUUAAUUUUUUAUAAUCCUGGCUCAACCUGCAGUAUUU